AUGUCUGGUAAAGUAGCCAUUUUGACGGGUGGUAAUAGUGGAUUAGGAUUCAGUCUUGCACAACAAUUGGCUUGUAAAGGAGUAAAAGUGAUAUUGGCAGUUCGAAAUCCUCAAAGAGGAUUAAUGGCCAGGUCAAAAAUUGUACACUACAUUAAGAAAGAAACAAAUAUAGACCCACCUCUCGAUUCUGUUCAGGUGUAUCAUUGUGAUUUAUCGAGCCUGGAGAGUGUAAGGGAGUUUGUAACUAGUGUACAAAUCAUGCUUUCCAGUAAUCCAAAAGUGAAGAAGGUAGUUAAUCAAGUUGGUAUAGAAUUGGUCACUGAAACCCAAGAGACCUAUCCAGUCAUUGAUUUCCUUAUCAAUAAUGCAGGAAGUAUCUAUCCAACUCAUAGGUAA